CUACGGUUAUAAAGGCGAACGAAAUUUUUAACCAGCAUUUAACAGUUUAGAUUACUUUAAAACAUAUUUUGAAAAAUCAUAAAAUGUCUGUAAAAGAGUCUACUACAAGUGUCCUGGCAGAAACCAGAAAGCUUUCUCAGAGCAUGCGAGCCGCCUAUGAUGUUUCCCAGAGCUCGACUUCUAUCGGUGAAACGGCACUUUCCAUGGAAACCCUUCGGUCCAACUUGUUCUCACUGAUCGAGCAAGCCAAAAUCCGAAUCCACAAGGCAAGCAUCAACCAGACGGCUCCGAUGACCGAAAAGCAGGCCAAACUGCUAAACGAUUCCAUCUAUUCGGCCAGCUCGAUUCUCCGGAAGCAGGAACAGCUGGCCACGAUGGAGAAUCGUCUGCAUAGUCAAAAUGAAAGCUCGAUUGGGGUAAACCCGGAGCGGCUGAUGGGCGAAAACUUUCACGAUCAGAUGGCUAAUUUGAUGAAGAAAUUGAACUGCAUAUCGAUCGAAAUGUCCAAACUGAAACGGGCCAGCGAUAACAUCAUGAACAUCUACAACAACUACCAGCUGGAGAACGAAAACUGCGACUCGGAGGAGGACGAGGACAGUGGCGAAGGGGAUGACACUAUUUAUAAACCAUAA